AUGCUGAGAGUUCUUCGCGGGGUCCUCGGAGUCUCGGUGGAAGGGCUCCGGGAGGCCGAGGCUGUGAACCCUGCGAGUUCUGGAAGAGCGCCACGGAGCAGCCGCCUGCGGGCCGGGUGUCUCAACGGGAUGAAAAGGCAACAGCCGCCGGAGAAAGAUAGGAACAAGAACGACCGGAGAGAGAGAGGAGGAGGAGGAGGAACCCAGCGCGGAGCGGCCACCCAAACCGACGUGGCCAGGGCGCAGAGAGGCGGGGCGGGAGAGCGCGCGAGGAGGUGCCCGGCGGGCGGCCGAGUUGGCCGGGAGGCGGGCGGGCGCCUGCAAAGCGCGCGGAACCGGGAGGCACAGGUGAAGCGAAGCGAGGAGUUGGGGCGCCAGAUUCACGAAUGGGCAAGUCGUAUGCAAAUAGCGCACUCCCGAGAGCAAAUCAGGGCAGCCCGAGCGCUCGGCCGAGGGACUGGCUGGCUCGGAGGGAGGAGGGGCCCGAGCGCCCCGGAAUCCCGGCCCUCCCCAUUCAAGUGCACGCUGGUCUACCCCCUGCGCGAGCUACGCGCGCGCACCAACACCCUGCCUGCUCACGCUCGGCUCUCUACCGGAGGAGUGAGCACAAGCGUGUGUGUGUGUGUGCGCGCCCUGCGCCUUUUGAUCGCCCGAUCCCUGCUCCUCUCCCAGGCAUAUUAAGCCAAACUCCGGCAAUUGGAAAGGGGGGGGGGGGGGACUGCAGGCAGCAGCGAAGGCUGAAGUCGCCCCAGAUAAAAAUAAAAAUCAACCCCUUGAGUCAGCAGGAGUGCCGGAGCGGCUUGCACGCGGUAGUGCCCGAGCGCGCGCGCGCUCCCCCUGGCCUGGUGGUCAGCACCGCGCGGCCACUCUCCGGGGGCGUGCCUCUUUGGGGGCGAAGGGGAUACGAGCCCAACCGAGGGGCGAAUGGCGGCAGCGCGUCCUGGUUCUCGAAGAUGUGACCUCCUCAGAAGCCCUCUCUGACCCUCAUCUAAAGUAAGCUACAACCACCCCAAAAGAAUGGGGAGCAGCUUAAUCAUACUCUUCUCACAAACAUCUUUCAACUCCAAAACAAUAAAGCUCACCAUGGCCCUUGAAUCAGAUAAUAUGGAGUGCCGGAACCCAGCCCUGUUUCAUCAGUAAUCAUUUUCCAGCAUAACGGUGGAACUCACACAGCUUCAGUCUACUUUGCGAUAUGGAAGGUCUCUCGGGCUACUCUUCUGUCUCAUCUCUUAAUUUUCUCACCUUCUUUUCUCAAACAAACAAUAAAUUUCAAUUAUUUAGCCUUCUUCCUAAAAA